GGUGUGGGUGGAGGUUUGCAGCGAUGUAGCAGCUCCCAGCUUGACCUCACCUCCUCUGCAUUGAGCGAGGGAGGGAGGAAUGAAUGUGUUUGGAGCCUGCAUGCGUUCAGCUGGGCUCUGCUCUUGUUGCAAGGAAUCAUGAGCAAGGGCUACAAUGAAUCAUCUGUUACUGAAGAGGAAAUCACUUACUUCACUUCUCCCAAAAUGGACAGUCACCGUAUCAAGAUGGGCCAAGACCUCCACUGCAAGCUCAAAGCCAAAGGAGAGCGUAAAUCGUGCCGGGUCUCAGGCGCGCAUGAAUCCACUGAAUAUCCAGAUGCUGUCCGCUGGUCUCCACAAGCAGGUGUUUGGAGAUAUUGAGGCUGGGUACUCGGAGGAGGCAAUCCAGAAGAGCAUCGAGCAUCUCCAACUCCACAACCUGUGGGGCAACGAGACCUCCAUGCUUCCCGAUGUGGAAUUGCAACUGCCCAAGAUGUAUGGAAACAAUAUUGACGAACAUUUCCGCACAAUCGCUCAGAAGCAAAGUUUCCCUUACUUGGAGGCAGCCAACGAGCUGCUGCUUUGUGACCUCCCUGAGAUGCCCAUGGAGUGGACCUGGGCGGUCGGUUGGACAAAGUACAGCCCGGACGGUAAAGCAACGAUGGUGGAUUUCCCUGACGAAAGGGCACUCGUUUUUGAUGUGGAGGUGUGUUCCACUGAGGGGCCGUGCCCAACAUUGGCUGUUGCUGUGUCACCAACUGCCUGGUACUCGUGGUGCAGUAAGCGACUCGUUGAGAAGCGUUACACUUGGUCCAAUCACCUGGUCCUGGCAGAUCUAAUUCCUCUGGAGACGUCUGCAAACCUCACCCGCCCAUCAGGAGGUGAAUGGCUGGAGAGACUAGUGAUCGGCCACAAUGUCAGCUACGACAGAGCAAGAGUGAAGGAGCAGUACUUGAUGAAGGGGACCAAGUUGAGGUUUCUGGAUACAAUGAGCUUGCACAUGGCAAUCUCUGGGCUGACGGGAUUCCAGCGCAGUCUCUGGAUGGCAAGUAAAAAGGGAAAGAGGAGUGGCCUGGAAGAAGUAAAACGGCACAUCAAACGAACCAAGGGCAAGUUCAGAGGUCCAGGGAUUGGAGCGUGGGACUGGGUGGACAUCAGCAGCAUCAAUAACCUGGCGGAUGUGCAUGCACUCUACGUUGGGGGGAAACCACUGGAGAAGGAGGCUCGAGAAAUUUUCAUCAAGGGCAACAUGAACGAUGUUCGGGACAACUUCCAGGCGCUGAUGCAAUACUGUGCACUUGACGUUAAGGCUACGUACGAGGUGGUUUGUGAGGAGCUUCCACUGUUUCUAGAAAGGUGCCCACACCCGGUGACCUUCGCUGGCAUGCUGGAGAUGGGCCAGUGCUACCUUCCUGUAAACCACAACUGGAAGCGUUACCAAGAUGAAGCACAGGGCACCUAUGAGGAGCUACAGUGGGAGAUGCAGCAGUCCCUCAUGAACCUGGCUAACGAUGCCUGCCAGCUACUCGAAGCAGAAAGGUACAAAGACGACCCCUGGCUGUGGGACCUUGAAUGGGACACCCAGGAGUUUAAACAGAAGAAGAACACAAGGCGGAAGGGGAAGGCAUCGGAUUCCACCAGCGUGCUGGCAGAAUGUAGCUCGGCAGCAGAGCAAGAGGAAGGUCAGAUUAUUUGCAUUAUUUACCUGAGCCUUCAUAGCAUGUUAGACGGAGAAUUCCAAAUGAUCGCUACAUUUGGGUUGAAGACAUUUCCCCUCGGAUGGUAUCGGAAGAUAUGCGUCAGGUGGACUGAUCCAGAGUGGUUGCCCGGACCCAACAACAUUCAGCUAUGCCAGGAUAUUUCUUUGGAUCUUAAUUUGUGUCCAUUAUUUGUCAGAGCCAUUGAGAAGUUGCACAGAGAACAAAGCAAACAGAAAGUGCAAGAGUCGACGGUAGUCCCGGAGACGGCACUCAAUGAAGAGUUCCUGUUGAUGGAAGACAGUAUGUGGGAAAGGGUGGAGGCACUGAGCUGCCUGGAGACUGAACCCGAAGCCGAGUUCAAUGGCUACGGGAAAGGGAGCAGGAAGAAGAAUUCUGAGCAGAAUGACAGUGGGAAGCCCCCGCCACUCCUCGAGGAUAGCUCCGAUAUACAUCACCAUGGCAACGGGCCCUACCCUGGUGUCAACGUGCCUGGAUGCUGGUUCUUCAAACUUCCGCACAAGGAUGGAAACCAUAACAACGUCGGGAGUCCGUUUGCAAAGGAUUUUCUCUCAAAGAUGGAAGAUGGGACGUUGCGUGCGAGCGGCAACGCAACGACUGCAGCCCGAGCGCUGGAAAUCAACAAGAUGAUCUCCUUCUGGAGGAACGCCCAGAAAAGAAUAAGCUCCCAGUUGGUUGUGAUGUUGAAGAAAAGUGAGCUGCCUCGAUCAGUCACCAGGCACAAUGCAUUUGAAGAGGAGAGCACAAUUGGAGCCAUUUUACCGCAAGUGAUCACUGCUGGCACGGUGACCCGACGGGCAGUCGAACCAACCUGGCUGACUGCCAGUAACGCUCGGGGUGACCGUGUGGGCAGUGAGCUGAAAGCCAUGGUGCAAGUUCCGCCCGGCUACCACCUGGUUGGAGCAGACGUCGACUCUCAGGAGCUGUGGAUUGCUGCCGUGCUCGGCGAGGCCCAUUUCGCUAAAAUACACGGCUGCACGGCAUUUGGCUGGAUGACUCUUCAGGGGAAGAAGAGCAGUGGUACAGACCUGCACAGCAAGACGGCAGCCACGGUGGGAAUCAGCCGGGAACAUGCCAAGAUCUUCAAUUACGGCCGUAUCUACGGUGCCGGGCAGCCUUUUGCUGAGCGGCUGCUCAUGCAGUUCAACCACCGGCUGACACCGCAGGAAACCGAGGAGAAAGCGCGGCAGAUGUACGCGGCUACGAAGGGCAUACGAAGGUGUGUGCUCUCAGAAGAUGGGGAGUGGCUGGUGAGGGAAAUGGGGGUCUCUGUGGCGAGGGCAGAAAACGGAACCGUCUCUGCCGCUGAUGCCAAGAAAAUCCAACGGGAGGCUGCAAAAAGGUCCAAUGGUGCUAAAUGGAACGUUGUGAAGCAGCGUGUCUGGGAUGGAGGUACAGAGUCCGAAAUGUUCAACAAACUGGAAUGUAUCGCCAUUUCACCCCGUCCCCGCACCCCUGUACUGGACUGCUGCAUUAGCAGAGCUCUCGAACCAGGUGCAGUUGGACAUGAGUUCAUGACCAGCCGUGUGAAUUGGGUGGUGCAGAGUUCAGCUGUUGAUUACCUACAUCUGAUGUUGGUGUCCAUGAAGUGGCUCCUUGAGGAAUUCAACAUUGACGGCAGAUUCUGCAUCAGUAUUCACGAUGAGGUCCGUUACUUAGUGAAUAGUGAGGACAGAUAUCGAGCUGCACUGGCAUUGCAGAUUACUAACCUCCUCACACGUUGCAUGUUUGCCCACAAGCUUGAGAUGCAGGACCUGCCACAGUCCGUGGCAUUCUUUAGCACGGUGGACAUCGAUCAUUGCCUGAGGAAAGAAGUGAUGAUGGAUUGCCAGACUCCAUCUAAUACUGCCGGGCUGCAGACACGAUAUGGGAUCCCACCAGGAGAGGCAUUAGAUAUUUACCAAAUCAUUGAAAAAACAAAUGGUUCCCUUAACAGAAGAAAAUAAGUACAGAACAAGAGAUCUUUGGACUACAAAAGACAACUUCGGGGAAAGUAGCAACACAGUUCACCCACAAUGG